AUGGCUCAAAGUAGAUUAGAGCGCAUUGGGACCAUUUUUACCAGGAUUCAAUCGCUGUUAAAAAGUGGAGCAGUGAAAUCGGAGGACAAACCGAUUUGGUAUGUUGUUUAUGAAGCUUUUCCUCCAAAAUAUGAGCCGAGAUUUGACCGAGUAGCUCCUAAUGUUGAAAUUCAGGAUAUUUUUUAUAAAGAAGAUAUUGUUAGAGCGCAAUCUAAUGAACGAACGCGGUCAGUUCACUAA